AUGUCUACAGCUAAUGUCGAUGUACCUUCGCUGGAGGAGAAGGCCGAUGAAGAAGAAUAUGAACAACAUUGCUUGCUUUUUCCUACUUAUGCUACCAAGCAUAGUCUCGAUGAAUCAAAAAAUCCUGAUAUAACCGACAAUUGGAAUAUCCGUGUUCGAGGUUGGGCAUUCUCGGCACCGAAAACAAGUAGAAGCCGUGACCUUUUUAUAGGGCUCGCGUCACGCAUCGUAGGCAUUAGCGAAGCUGAUGCUAGAUAUGAACUCCUCAAAACACGGUCUAACUUGUUCUGGGCGAGCAACGUAGACAAAGAAGAGUUCAUAGUUAAAGUAGCCGGGUUAACCGCUUCUGAUAAGAUGGCCAUUGAAGGUGAUUCUAAAGAGUCCGAAGAAGAUCCAAAAAAGAUAUUGAAUAAUGUGAACGAAGAGAUUAAGGACAAAAUUGCGGAACAACACCAACAACCUGAUGACAAUAACCCUUUUACGAUUUUUAAACCUCAUACCGGCAAUGUCAACGGAAACGUUUCAAUUCAACAAGCAAUAGUUAACGAAUGGAUUGGUAAACCAACCGGUAAAGAAAAAAAAUCACUCAUUGAAGGAACCAAAGAGGUUCCAGGAAUGCCCGAACUAUACCAUAAAUGGUAUGACAGAGGUGUGGCUAUUCAUUACGUGUCCAAUUCUCCUUGGCAAUUAUUCCCGAUGUUACGAGCUUUCUUCGAUGAAUCUGAUUUCCCUCCUGGUUCUGCACAUCUUAAAUUUUAUGAUGGUUUGUUCAAGAGUGCGCGUGAACAAAAACAACACCCUAUGGAAAGCAAAUUCGUAUACAUAAGAGAACUUCUUAGAGAUUUCCCUCAACGCAAAUUUAUUCUUGUCGGCGACACGGGAGAAUAUGAUCCAGAAAUUGAUGAACAUGAAUCACAAAAGUUGAAACGUCAACAAAGUUUAUCUAAUCGUUUGAUGAAGAAGUUGCAUACAGAAAUGUCUUCGAUAUAUACGUCAAUUAGUUCAAGUGCCCUUCCUGAGCAUAAACAUGAUGUACCAUCGGAUGUAGAUAUUGAUUCCCAUGACAAACCGGUUGAGAAACAAAAAAUGAGAACCCCAUUAGAAAUGUUUCACGAGAGAUUAAACAAUCUAAAGAAGGGGAUACCAGAUGGUGUUUUUUCAACCUUUGUGGAUCCUAACGAGUUAGAAAAUGAUCCUAUUAUUAAGAGUGCUUUGGCUUAUUAA